AUAGUAUCACUCCUGCGUUCAAAGUCCUUUCCAAAACCUCAAGCCUCAUGUUAUACAGUAUUAGUAUGCAGUAUAAAUCUUGCGAUGUUGGUGUUGACGAGGCAGAUUUCACUUCGCCACUCAGCUGUACGAUAUUUUCGUUAAAUUGUGAAUAUUCUGUGCUUUCAUCAAGUAAACGUCAGUCGCAGGGGCAUUCCUGGAAAUAACAAUGAAGGCUUUAUCUACUCUCGCCAGUUUAAAAUCGCAACUGCCACGGAAUACAAGAGGGCUGUUUGUUUCAUCAAUUUCACAUUCCCAAGCCAAGUCUCAGGAUGUCAGUCGUCCCAAGACUGGUGUCUUAAUGCUGAAUAUGGGCGGACCGCAGACAACUGAUGAAGUGGGGGAAUAUCUCCUUAGAAUCAUGACUGACAGAGAUAUGAUUCAAUUACCUGUGCAAGGCACUUUAGGACCGUACAUUGCCAAACGUCGAACCCCUGAAGUCAUGAAGAAAUAUGCAGAAAUUGGUGGUGGUUCACCUAUUUUGAAAUGGACUAAAUUGCAGGGUGAUCUUUUAUGCAAAAAGCUUGACAGCAUUUCCCCUAAAACUGCACCACACAAACCUUAUGUUGCGUUUCGUUAUGCUAAUCCACUGACAGAGAAAACUUUAGAGGAGAUAGAGAAAGAUGGAGUAAAGCAUACUGUGGUAUUUUCCCAGUACCCCCAAUACAGUUGUGCAACCAGUGGAUCUAGCUUCAAUGCAAUUUUCACUCACUACGCUAAGAAGAAUUUGCCUCCUGGUAUGACAUGGAGUAUAAUUGAGCGUUGGGGCACGAAUCUUAAACUUGCCAAGGUGUUUGCAGAUCGAAUUUUGAUUGAACUAAACAAGUUCCCAGCAGAGACCCGCAAGGACGCAAUAAUUCUUUUCUCUGCUCACUCUCUUCCUCUCAAGGCGGUCAACAGGGGAGACCCCUAUCCAUCCGAGGUCGGUGCCACAGUGCAAUUGGUGAUGGAGCAGCUUGGCCAUUGCAAUCCUUACAGCCUUGUUUGGCAGUCCAAAGUUGGUCCCCUGCCCUGGUUGGGACCGUUCACUGAUGAUGCAAUCAAAGGUUACGUCAAACAAGGAAAAAGAAACUUCGUAUUGGUGCCAAUUGCUUUUGUUAAUGAGCAUAUUGAAACUUUGCAUGAGCUUGAUAUUGAGUACUGCCAUGACUUGAAGAAAGAGCUGGGUGAACUUAACAUUCAACGAGCUCCUGCACCGAAUGAUCAUCCCCUUUUUAUUGAAGCUAUGGCCGAUAUAGUGAAGUCUCAUCUUGAAGGAAAAUCAGCUGUCAGCCCCAAAUUCCUCACGCGUUGUCCACAUUGUGUCAACAGCCGCUGUGAUUCAGCCAAGCAAUGGUGGGGAAACCUUUGCAAACUACCUGCUGUUCAAUAGUGAAAAGUCUAGAAUUGUGGAAUGGUUCAAGGAGAUGGUGGUAGCAGACUUCUUACCAAUCUCAGACAGAUAAUUUAAACUGUGAUCCUUUCUAAUUUUUUGUUGUUCUUAUUUUUUUGAAUGAAUUAUAUCGGGUAGUAGGAUUUAUAGAUUGAGAUCUCAGGUUCUAUUGUUUUUCAUAAUGUUAUACUUCAGUUUUACAUUUUAUCAUUUACCUGGUUUGGAAGAUAUAUCUUUAAGUAUUACAAAUAAAGUUAAAGAAAAAAUCAUUUACUGGUAUGUAUUCAAAUAUUUUUAUUAAAAUUGCCAAUUGUGGGAGAAUUUUAACAUUACA